AUGGCCACACCCCAGCAGGACCAGGCGACCGCGACCGUCCUUCAAGCGCUCCAGGCGCUGUACCACGACCCAGACUCGAACGCGAAGAAGAGGGCGAACGAAUGGCUCGAAGAGUUUCAGCACAGCACGUGCCACACGAUCCUCGUGUCUCCAGACGCCCCGCUCGAGGGCCGUCUGUUCUCGGCACAGACGCUGAGGUCCAAGCUUCCCCGCGACGCGCUGCCAUCGCUUAGGGACUCGCUACUCAACGCUCUCGGGCCCCUUGCGCUUCCCACAGCACCGGCGGGGUCAAAAGCGGUUCUCACCCAGCUCUGUCUGGCGCUCGCCGACCUCGCGCUGCAGAUGCCGGAAUGGACCAACGUUGUGCAGGGCAUGAUCGAGCAGUUCGGCAAGGAGCCGGGAACUGUCGUGGUCCUGUUGCGCUUCCUGGGUUCGCUGGCCGAGGAGUCGCUCAACACGCGACUUCCGAGACUGCCUGAGGGUACGGACAACUAUGACGAGCUGGUGUCGGGCUCCGCGGAGGCAGUUAUCAACGUUCUCUCGAUGUACAUCCAGGCGGAGGGCCUUACUACCCAGAUUCAGUCGUCGAUCUUUGAGACAAUGCGAAGCUGGCUCCGCGCCGGCGAGUUCCCCACCAGCGCAGUUGCGCAGAGCCCGUUGUACCCGGCCAUGUUCGCCGCGCUCGAGUCCGACCAGCUGUUCGACGCCGCGGUCGACGUCAUCUGCGACCUAAUACAUGAGACGCAGGAGAUCCACGACAACAUGCCGCUGGUUCAGGAGAUUAUCCCGCGCCUCAUCGCACUUGGGCCGAAGCUGGAGCAGUACCACGACGAUGCCGACAGGAUACGAGGAUACUGCCGCAUGUUCUGUGAGGCGGGCGAGUGCUACCAGGACAUCAUCAAGUCGCACCCGAGAGAAUCCCUGCCUCUCGUGGAGGCGAUUCUGAAGUGCACGGCUUACGAGGAUCUGGAUAUCGUCCCGAUCACGUUCCAGUUCUGGUGGAUCUUGUCCGGAAUGGUUGACAAGAGUGCGGACGAGACCUGGGGACCGUACUACGAGAUCUUUGCCAAGCUCCAGACGAUCAUCAUCGGACACCUGCACUUCCCCGGCGACAACGAGCAGCAGACUGCGCAGGAGCGUGACGAGUUCCGCUCCUUCCGACACCGAAUGGGCGACACGCUCAAGGACUGCUGCAAGGUCCUCGGCGCGCCGACAUGUUUACGCCGGUCAUACGACAUGGUCGUGGAGGCGAUGGCCAAGCCGAACCCGUCGUGGCAGGAGAUUGAGGCCCCGCUGUUCUCCAUGCGAUCAAUGGGUGCCGAGGUCGAUCCGGAUGAUGACGAGGUUGUUCCCCAUAUCAUGGAGAUGCUGCCGAAGCUUCCGGACCACCCGCGCAUUCGCUACGCCGCCAUUCUCGUCAUCUCGCGUUACACGCAGUGGAUCGACCGUCACCCGCAAAACUUAGAGUUCCAGCUGCAGUACAUCAGUGCCGGUUUCGACAUGGCAGACGACGAGGUGUCGGCGGCUGCUGCCCAGGCCAUGAAGUUCAUGUGCCAGGACUGCAACCAGCACUUAGUCCCGUACUUACCGCAGCUGCACCAGUUCGUCACGACUGUCGCCGACAAGCUGGACCAGGCGGAUAUUCUGGAGGUGUGCGAGGCUAUUGCCUACGUCGUGUCUUCCCUGCCUUCCACCGAGGCGGCGCAAGCUCUCCAGCAGUUCACCCAGCCUCUCAUUGAGAAGGUGCAGACUGUCGCAAACGCUCCUGGUGAGGCCAGCAAGCAGGACCUGCAGAAGACGGCGGACACCCUGGAGCAGCUGGACGCUUACUUGCAGGUGGUUAGGACGCUGGACCCUGUCCCGGAGUCUUGCUACCCGACCGCUGCGACGCUGUACUCAGUGUUCGACGCUCUUCUUGCCCGCUACGCCAAGCUAUACUACAUCAGCGAGCGUGUCGGCUCGAUCCUUCGACGUGGUCUGGCCUUCUUCCCGGUGGCUGCUCUGCAGCCUGUCGUUCAGCCUGUGCUCGACCGUAUGGCGAGCUCCUUCGCCGAGACUGGAUACGCCUCCUACAUCUGGAUCACGGGCAAGGUCGCGCAGAAGUUUGGAGACGUUGUCCGCAGCCCUGGGAACGAGGCACUCGCUGCCCUCCUCAUCGCUGCCUUUGAGAACGUCACGGCAUCCCUGACGAAGCUUUUGCAGGUUAAGGACGCUGCGAUUAUUGCUGAUGUCAUGGACGACUACGUGCACUGCUUCAUGGCGUACCUGGCGUCGAUGCCUCAGCAGACGCUUGCCAGCCCUGCUCUGUCGCAGGCGGUGUCGCACACGCUGGCCGCUCUGCAGUGCCCGGCGCCGGAGACGGUACUCGUGUGUCUCGACACGCUGGCGAUGCUGGCGCAGGACAUGAACCAGCCUCAGUACGCAGCGAGCGUGCAGCCGGUAUUCGCGCAGUUCGCCAAGCCGAUCUUCACUCAGAUGCUGAGUGGUGUGGUGAGCGGAUUCAGGGAAGACGGUAUCGAGCAGGUACCGGUCAUCUUCCAGGCGGUUCUCUCGAGCGUACCGCCGGCUGAGAGCACGCAGUACGCCGGUGAGGCUCUGAACCUGAUUCCGGGCCACAACCUGCCGCAGCAGGAGAAGGCCAAGUACCUGGAGGAGCUGAACGGUUACCUGGCACAGGGCUCCCCUUCGCUGGAGAAGGUCAAGCAGAUCACGGUGAACCUGCUGCGCGCCGCGCGGCGUGCACGCGAGCGGGCGAGGCAGUCGCGGAAGAGUCUCGGCGGCGUAUAA